UGCGGGUUCAGGGUUGACCAUACAUUCUGUAGGGAAGACAGAUUCUCGAGACCUUCCGUUAACUGUCCGGUGCCACAGAACGGUAGGGGACACUGAAGAAGACGGGACCUGUCCUGUCUCUUUUCAGCUAAUGUGAGACAAUCUUUUGAUCAACUGUGGGUGGGACCUGUGCUCAAAAUGAUGGGCACUGAUAAAAGGCUGAGUCGGGGCGAACGAAGUGGUAGAUAUGGUCCAGAUAAUAUGAGAGAAGACAUGGAUUGGAACGAAAGACGAAGCAGAUACAUGGAGAGGGAUAAUGAUCGACGCAGAGUUGAUGAUAGACACAGAAAACACCUUGAUGACUGCCAAGACAGUUCAGAGAAGGGCCAAAAACGACGCCACUGUGACAGUUCUGAUGAUGAAUAUGACAGGGAUCGUCCAGACCAGAACCACAAAACACUGCCGAGUGAGAGGAACAGGCCUAUUGUGCUAAGAGAUCUACCUCCUAAUAUCACAGAGGAGGAAAUCCGCGCAGCACUCGAACAGUUGCAGGGGCCGCAGCCUGCGGGCAUACAUGUGUUCGGACCAAAGACAGGUAAAACCCAAGAUUUCGCCCUCAUGGAGUUUUAUCACCGGCAAGAUGCUACCCGAUGGAUGGAGACCAAUCAGAAGAAGUUGGUGAUCCAGGGGAAAUGCAUUUCAGUGGAAUACAGCCACAAAAGGGCCAUGUAUGAAAACUGGCUUUGCAAUUCGUGUGGCCUGUGCAAUUUUAAGAGAAGGCCCAGGUGUUUCAAAUGUGGAGUUGACGGAGGGUUCCCUGCAGGAGAUAGUAUUAAUGUGGAACCUCAACAGGAAAGCAAUGAAAAUUCCGACACAUUAAUUAUGAGAAAUCUGGCCCCGAUUUCAUCUAUCGAUGGGAUUUUGAACAUGUUGUCCCCCUAUGCUAACGUGUCUGCGAGAAAUGUCCGCCUCCUCAAUCACUGGCAGACGGGAAAUAACAAAAGCCUUGGCUUUGUCCAACUUUCAACUCCCUUGGAGGCUUCUGAGCUGCUCACCAUCCUCCAAGGCCUUCAGCCGCCUCUAAAACUGGAUGGAAAAACAGUAGCUGUGGAUUAUGCCAAGACUGCUACUAAAAAUGGAGCACAGCCUUGUGGUAAGCAAGCCCCUCAUAUCUCAGUUGCCAGCACAGCCAUCGCUGCCGCCCAUGGGUCAUCCAGCCAGUUACAACCAGGUUCAGAUGCCACCUCUGAUUAUGUUACUCUUCCAACGGGCUCUUUGCAGCAGUCACAGGAACAGCAUUAUCAGGUGUGGCAGCAGCAGCAUCCGAAAGGAUUGUCUCUUGUCAAUGGAGAUGGCUUCCCUGGAGCUGCCCCAGGAACGAAGACUUCGCUACCUGCAGCCACGGGUGUGGUCAUAUACCAGACUGCUCAAAUUUACCAACCUGUCGUUUUCAGCCAGACUGCCAUACAGUCAAAUCAUGUAGCGAGGGCUGUCGAUGCAGAGCAGCAGCAGCAUCAUCCUCAGCUGCAUCAGCUGCAUCAGCUGCAUCAGCUGCAUCAGCCGCAUCAGCCGCAUCAGCUGCAUCAGCUGCAUCAGCCGCAUCAGCCGCAUCAGCCGCAUCAGCUGCAUCAGCCGCAUCAGCAGCAUCAGCUGCAUCAGCCGCAUCAGCCGCAUCAGCCGCAUCAGCCGCAUCAGCUGCAUCAGCUGCAUCAGCCGCAUCAGCUGCAUCAGCUGCAUCAGCCGCAUCAGCUGCAUCAGCUGCAUCAGCUGCAUCAGCUGCAUCAGCUGCAUCAGCCGCAUCAGCCGCAUCAGCCGCAUCAGCCGCAUCAGCCGCAGCAGCAGAAUCAGCAACAGCAUCAUCAUCAGCUGCAUCAGCCGCAUCAGCCGCAGCAGCAGCAUCAGCCGCAUCAGCCGCAUCAGCCGCAUCAGCCGCAUCAGCAGAAUCAGCAACAGCAUCAUCAUCAGCUGCAUCAGCCGCAUCAGCCGCAGCAGCAUCAUCAGCAGCAUCAGCAGCAGCAUCAGCCGCAGCAGCAUCAACCGCAGCAGCAUCAGCAGCAGAAGCAGCAGAAGCAGCAGCAGCCUGCAAGUGUUUCCACAGCACCACCAGUAACACCAGCUGCUUCUUCUGUUUCAACUACAGUUUCUACCUCCCCAACUAUUAAAACAUCAGCUGGCCCAGAUAUGUCCACAUACCAGUAUGACGAGGAUUCAGGUUACUAUUAUGAUCCUCAGACUCGUCUCUACUAUGAUCCCAGCAGCCAAUACUACUACAACUCAGGGACUCAGCAGUACCUCUACUGGGACAGUGAGAAACAGACGUACGUCCAGGCGACAGAAGACAUGAUGGCCGAACAAAGUUCAAGCAGUGAAGAGCCAAAAGGAAAGAAGAAACCAAAGACGAGGUCUUCACAGCAGAUUGCAGAGAACAUGGAACGAUGGGCAAAAAGCUUGAAGAGGCGAAAAGGGAGUACUAAGAGCAGUGUCCCAGAUUUGGGACCGUCGAAGAAGGAAGAUAAGAAAUGCUCUGCAGCUGCUGAUGCAGGUUUCUCCCUCUUCAAAGAGAAGCAAAGCAGAGAUUUUGAGAUGCCGUCACUCACGAAUGAACAAUUCAAGAGCCUGGAGCAGGAAACAGAGAGUGACCCGUUUGUUUCUUACAAUGGCGACAAUGAGCCAGAGGAGGGCGGCAUGGAUGGAACAGCGAACGUGGAGGGCAGAAUAACAGACUGGAGGACGGGGGUUUGCCUGCUGUGUCAGCGGCGCUUCCCCACCAAAGACACUCUGCUGCGUCACCAGCAGUUCUCUGACCUCCACAAGCAAAAUUUGGAGAUUCAGAGAAGAUCAAGGAUUUCAGUAGCCGAUAAGGGGAAGAGAGACUCCGAGCUGGAUUACAGAGACAGAGCUGCAGAGAGGAGGGAGAGAUCUGAUGCUUAUCCACACAAUAAGGGAUUUUAUCAACCGCCAGCAAACUAUGGCAAACCCACCAACAAUGGCCUGACAAGCAAUAACAUUGGGAACAACAUGUUUCAAGCUAUGGGCUGGCAGAAGGGCAGUGAUCUGGGGCACCACCAAUAGGACAUCACCUCUCCAAUCUCGGCUUCCUUUAGGACUCAGGGUACCUGCCUGGGUAUUCAAUCAUACGAACUCUCACCAUACGACAGCUACUGGGACACUGCUCAUGGGGCCAUGUUUGCACGCCUCAAUGAGUUUGAGUGAACUGGAGAGAGUAAGGACAUCACACUGAACUUUGAGUGCCCAAUUUUGUGGCCAAAUGUUCUCAAUUUGAAUAACUUCUUUCCCUGUACAUAUUUUUAUAUUUUUAUGUUGUUUAUGUAUAUAAAAAGUAGUUUUGUUUAAAAUGUGUGUUCUGAUGAACAUGUCCAAGUGUUUGAAUGGAAGUACAUACGUUUACGUGGAUCAGCUUUGGUUUUCUGUUUUUCGUGAGAAUCUAAAAUAAUUGAUAAUUAAAACGGAUCUUUGUGCUUACAAAUA